AUGAUGAGUCCUAUUCGAAGCACAUCGGCAGGCACACCUCCCGCGUAUACUUCGGACGAAGGAUCCCUGGGUUCAAAGUUGCCACAUCCGACAACCCUGCAUUUGCGGCGGAAAUUCGAGCCGUCGCUUGACGGCUUAACAGUAAAUACCGUCUUUGCCGGGAUUAUCUGGACAUCACUACCCGAGGAGAUGCUCUUGGCCUCAUCUCCUUGGUAUCGCACUAUGGCGCUCAUGCCUUCCAAUGCUUGCACUUCGGCCUCAGCGGCGGCCUUCCAUUUCCCGAGAUGCUGCUCACCCGUGGGCCUCGCCACAGUGUCCAUGGAAGUCAACGGGCUGUUUACUGGAACUCCUAUUCUUUGGACGGUUUUGAUCGCGGAGUUUGUGGACGGAGAUGCGUGCGUCCAAUGCGCGCAACUCUGUUUCGAUGCGGGCGUGCGCCUCAUUGCGUCCUUGCGGCUUUCCCUGGGAGGCAUCGUGGAGUCCUUCCUCCGCUUCGACAACGGACUCCCGGGCUGCUUGACCUUUCCGUUCUCCACCGUGGUACUUCUCUCGCGGCAGCUGGAUGCGUGGCACAUCUACUCGCCCGCAGGGCAGGCCGUGUGCUCUAUGGCUGCUGGGCGGAGGAAGCCAUGUACCCUGCACCACAUCCCCAACAGCCCCGCACUGCGACCGACGGCCACAAUCCCCCUGAAGACGCUGGUCAUCCCAGAGGAGGAGAUGAGGUGA